AUGAAGGCUAUUCGUAACCUGUUGAUUUAUAUAUUUUCCACCUAUCUCCUGGUUAUGUUUGGAUUAACUGGUGCCCAAGACUACUGGUGUUCCACUCUGGUGAAGGGAGUCAUAUAUGGAUCUUUUUCGGUCUCAGAGAUGUUUCCGAAGAACUAUACAAACUGUACUUGGACGUUGGAAAACCCCGACCCAACCAAAUACAGCAUCUACCUUAAACUUUACAAACGAGACUUGAGCUGCUCGGAAUUCUCUUUGAUGGCUUAUCAGUUUGAUCAUUUUUCUCACGAGAAGAUCAACGAGCUACUGCGGAGCAACGAGUCCAUAGUAUACCUUUGCGAUUCCAAGCUCGCCUAUGUGUUUUUGCAGUACGACAAGAAUUUUGUUCAACUUCGGCGGGUUUUCCCUUACGAUUUCAAUGGAUUGACACCGAAGAAACCGGAUGAAGAUCUCAAGUCCAUGGUCGAGUUUUUGGUUAUGAAUAAAGCGAGCCCAAGCCAGUUUGGCUGUCAGGUCCUCUGUUCAUGGAUGGAAAACUGCUUGAAGUCAGAGCUGAUGACUGUGGAAACGUGUGGAAUGGUUAUUACAAAAUGCACCUGUCCUCAGCAUUUAGGCGAUGGAGAUCCCGACAAUAUGCUCUUACUCAACAAUGUGGUAUUGCCUUUAAAUCCCCAAACGGAGGGAUGCCUCACCCCGCAACUGCGAACUGCACAGGUGUGCAAUUUGAGCGCUGAAGUGAAAAGGCCAUUGAAGGAGGAAUUUGGAAUGAUCGGAGAGAACACAGUAAAAAGUCAGCGGCCAAGGUCAGUUCAUGACACAAAGGGUCGUCAGGAGCAAGAUGAGGCUGCUAAAUUUAUGGCACAAACUGGUGAGACUGGUGCCGAGGAGUGGUCCCAGUGGAGCUCUUGCUCCGUCUCUUGUGGCCAAGGCUCGCAGGUGCGCACGAGAACGUGCAUCUCACCUUACGGAACGCACUGCAGUGGCCCUUUAAGAGAGUCAAGGGUUUGCAAUAACACUGCCCCCUGUCCAGUGCACGGCGUGUGGGAGGAGUGGUCGCCAUGGAGCCUGUGUUCCUUCACGUGCGGCCGAGGUCACCGCACGCGCUCGCGGACGUGUGUCCCCCCUCAGCACGGCGGCCGGGCCUGUGACGGCCCAGAGUCACAGAGCAAACUCUGCAACAUCGCCCUCUGCCCAGUGGAUGGCCAGUGGCAGGAUUGGAGCCCCUGGAGUGACUGCUCGGUGACCUGUGCCAAUGGGACUCAGCAGAGGACGCGCCAGUGCAGCGCCGCCUCCCACGGGGGCUCCGAGUGCCGCGGACACUGGGCCGAGACCCGCGAGUGCUACAACCCCGACUGCACAGCGAAUGGCCAGUGGAACCCAUGGGGGCCCUGGAGUGGUUGCUCCAAGUCAUGUGACGGCGGGUGGCAGCGGCGGGCGCGCGUGUGCCAGGGCUUGGCAACUACGGGCCAGCAGUGCGACGGCACCGGCGAGGAGGUGCGCAAGUGCAGCGACCAGCGUUGCCCAGCUCCGUAUGAGAUCUGUCCCGAGGACACGGCCGUCUCCAUGGUCUGGAGGAGAACUCCGUCUGGUGAACUCGCCUUCAACCGCUGCCCUCCCAAUGCCACAGGCACCACUAGUCGACGCUGUGCGCUGGAUCAUCGCGGUGUAGCCUACUGGGAGAAGCCUAGCUAUGCGCGCUGCAUAGCAAAUGAAUACAGAUACUUGCAGCAAUCAGGCUUGCAAGUGCAGGGCCACCUGACCAAAGGGCCUAACGGCCGGGCGGGCGACGGCAUGUCCCAGGUUACCAAGGUGCUGCUGGACCUCACGCAGAGACGCCAGUUCUACGCCGGCGACCUGCUGUCCUCCGUGGAGAUCCUGCGCAACGUCACCGACACCUUCAAGCGGGCCAGCUACGAGCCCUCCUCCGACGACGUGCAGAACUUUUUCCAGAUCAUCAGUAACCUGCUGGAGGAGGAGAACAAAGAGAAGUGGGAAGACGCCCAACAGAUCUACCCCGGCUCGGUGGAGCUAAUGCAGGUCAUUGAGGAGUUCAUCCACAUCGUGGGUCUGGGCAUGAAAGACUUCCACAACGCCUAUCUGAUGACAGGGAAUCUCGUGGCCAGCAUCCAGAGGUUGCCAGCCGUGUCGGUGAUGACCGACAUCAGUUUCCCCAUGAAGGGCCGCAAGGGCAUGGUGGACUGGGCACGCAACUCAGAGGACAAGGUGGUGAUCCCCAAGGGCAUCUUCGUACCCCCAACCGCAGAUGUGGAUGGAUCGCCCGUCUUCAUUCUGGGAACCGUCCUGUACAAGACCCUGGGCCUCAUGCUGCCGUCCCCAAAGAAUAACACCGCUGUGAACUCUAAGGUCAUCGCUGUCACGGUGCGCCCGGAGCCCAAGGUCAUCGCAGACGUGUACUUGGAGAUCGAGCUCGCCCACCUGGCCAAUGGAACAUUGAAUCCUUUCUGUGCAUCGUGGGAUACCACCAUCAUGAACGAUUCUUGGGGAGCUUGGUCGUCCAGAGGAUGUAAAACCGUGCUUACCGAUGCAUCCCAUACUAAAUGCUUAUGUGAUCGUGUAUCUACCUUCGCCAUUUUGGCUCAACUACCACGAGAAAUAACCAUGGAGUACUCAGGGGUUCCGUCCGUGACUCUGAUAGUGGGCUGCGGCCUGUCCUGCCUGGCCCUCAUCACCUUGGCAGUGGUCUACAUCGUGCUCUGGAGAUACAUCAGAUCCGAGCGGUCAAUCAUCUUGAUUAACUUCUGUCUGUCUAUUAUCUGCUCCAACAUCCUCAUCUUGGUUGGACAGACCCAGACGCACAAUGCUGGAGUGUGCACGAUGACGACGGCCUUCCUGCACUUCUUUUUCCUGGCAUCAUUCUGCUGGGUCCUGACGGAGGCAUGGCAGUCCUACAUGGCGGUCACGGGGAAGGUGCGGACCAGGCUCAUCCGCAAGCGCUUCCUGUGCCUGGGAUGGGGACUUCCUGCUCUGGUGGUGGCCAUCUCCAUGGGCUUCACGAAAACUAAAGGCUACGGAACACCACAAUAUUGCUGGCUGUCACUUGAAGGAGGUCUACUGUACGCUUUCGUGGGGCCGGCGGCCGCGGUGGUUCUGGUGAACAUGGUGAUCGGCAUCCUGGUGUUUAACAAGCUGGUCUCCAGAGACGGCAUCCUGGACAAGAAGCUGAAACACAGGGCUGGUUUUAGUAGUACAAGCCUGCAGAUGAGUGAACCCCAUACAGGAUUAACGCUCAAGUGUGCCAAGUGCGGCGUCGUCUCCACAACCGCUUUAUCAGCAACCACCGCCAGCAACGCCAUGGCCUCCUUGUGGAGUUCGUGCGUGGUGCUGCCCCUGCUGGCGCUGACCUGGAUGUCUGCAGUGCUGGCCAUGACGGACAAGCGCUCCAUCCUCUUCCAGAUCCUCUUCGCCGUCUUCGACUCCCUCCAGGGCUUCGUCAUCGUCAUGGUGCACUGCAUCCUGAGGAGAGAGGUCCAAGACGCCUUCAGAUGCCGGCUGCGGAACUGUCAAGACCCGAUGAGCGCCGACGCCACAGGAACCUUCCCAAAUGGCCACGCGCAGAUCAUGACAGACUUCGAGAAAGAUGUGGACAUCGCUUGUCGAUCAGCACUCCACAAAGACAUGGGCUCGUGUCGCGGCGCCGCCACCAUCACCGGCACGCUCUCACGCAUCUCCCUGAACGACGAGGAGGAGGAGGGCAAGGGUCCCGAGGGCCUGAACUACUCCACGCUGCCCGGCAACAUCAUGUCCAAGGUGAUCAUCCAGCCGCCGUCGGGGCUGCACAUGGCCAUGCAGGGCCUGGGCGACCUGGGCGACGGCACCGGGGACAUGCGCCGCACCGUCUACCUGUGCACCGACGACACGCUGCGGCAGAGCGAGCCGGACAUGGCCAGCCACGAGAUGGCCGGCCACUCCCCGCAGGGCGGCAUGGAGACCGACUACAUCGUCAUGCCCCGGGCGUCGGCCGCCGCCGCCGCCCAGUCCGGCUCGGCGGGCACCUUGCCCACGCUGAUCAAGGAGGAGAGCAACAAGAUGAACAUCCCUCUGGAGGCACUGGGCGGGCACGACCCGCGCAUGAUGCCGCACUAUAAGGUGGGGCCCGACUUCGGCAUGAUGGGGCCCGGCGGCGUGGGCGUGGGCAUGGAGCACGCGGGGCUGGCCAUGAGCCCCGAGCAGCAGUUCCCCGGACCGCCGGAGCACAUGCAGAACCUGCCCUUCGAGCCCCGCACCGCCGUCAAGAACUUCCUGGCCGAGAUGGAGGAGAGCGGCGCCCUGUCGCGCAGCGAGACGGGAUCCACCAUCUCCAUGAGCUCUCUAGAGAGAAGAAAGUCGCGCUAUUCGGAGCUGGACUUUGAGAAAGUCAUGCACACCAGGAAAAGACACAUGGAGCUGUUCCAGGAACUGAAUCAGAAAUUUCAAACCCUGGACCGUUUUACGCCAAGAGACAUACCAAAUAUGGGCAGCAUGGAUAAAACAAUGCCAAACAAGAACCCUUGGGAGAGCUACAACCCUACCUGCGAAUACCAGAACUACGCCACCAUGAAUGUACUAGACCCCCGCCCCGAGGACAGUCUGGAGAUGGCGGCGGCUGAGUGGGAGAAACGCGUUAACCUCCCGCUGGACGUGCAGGAGGGAGACUUCCAGACGGAGGUCUAGAGACGAGGCAGG